AUGCCCCCUGGUGCAAAGAAGGGAAUGGACGAGCCGGCGAAAGCCGUGCCUCACUCAAAGGUCACGAAGACCGAAGCCAUGAGAGCCACCAAGAAGAACUUCACCGAAAAUGAAGUGUUCUUCUACCUCGCCAUCAAGAAUAGCGCGGUGAAGUUCGACCACGAGGCGAUUGGCAACGCACUGGGGAAGACUAAAGAUGCCACUCGUAUGCAGUUGACUCGGCUGCUGAAGGACAUUGGGGACUUCAUAAAUGGCCAGGAAGACUCGGUUCAAAGUGAUCAACCAGAGCGUGAGAAGACCCCUGCCAACCAAGAAGGUCUAAAGAAUGACACUCAGGAUGAUGAUACCCCUGUGAAGAUCAGCGAAAUGCAAGACAUCUAA